AUGGCGAGCACAGCGGCAGCGGGCGGGGCAACGGCGAGCAUCUCGGGUCCUGAGGUCCCGACGCCUGUACCGGACGUCCCCUCCCCCAGCGCCCAACCUGCAGCAGAGGAAGAGUUGGAGGAGGUCUUUUGUAGGCGGCUCCUGCAGGGUCCCCCGGAGGAGGAAGCGGCUCCCCUGCCCCAUGUGCUGGCCCGGGUCCGGCAGACGAUAGAGGAUGCGACCUCUACCGCCAAGGUGGCCUUCCGGCGGGACCUGGGACUCGAGGUCCGCAAGCUGGAGCUCGACAAGCUCUCCGAGUCUCUGCACCAAUGGCACCAGGAGCUGCAGGCUGCCGCCAGCAAGCAGGCUGUUGCUGAGAUGGAGCUCGAGGAGGAUAGGAAGUCCCUUGCAAAGCGAGAAUCCCACGCCACCAACAUGGAGCUCCAGCUUGCGCAUCAGCGCGAGGCCCUCAAGUCCAUGAAGGAGUCGGCGGCGAAGAAGGAGGCCAAGCUCCAGGAGAGGACCCGCGAGGUGGAGGCAGCCCAGGCAGCACUGGACACCCGGGUGCAGGAGGCGAUCCAGGAGGCGGUCCAGAAGCUACAGGAGGACCAGCUUAGGGGGGCCUAG